AUGCGCGGUCACAUCGCCAUUUCACAGAUCAUCAACAUGGCGGAGAGCGUGCCUUCGGACGGCAAGCAAGCGACGGUGCCAGCUCAAGGCACGGCGCCCCCCUGCAGCGCGCCACCUCCGACGCAGCAGCGCACCGGCGACGCUCCUGCGAACACCGCUCCAGCGGGCGGCGGCGGCGACCAGGCGGGCAACUCAGCGUCCAGCAACACUUCGGCGGGCGUCACCAGGACGGGGGAAACUAAGCGCGUCUCCUUCUCCGGCGACGCGGGCAAAACCUCUGACGCGAAUAUGCGCGAGGCCGAUGGCACUGCCUCGGCUGACGCUGCAGCCCAGGAAACUGGUGACGCGAACUCAGAGUCUAAAGCUCCAGACGCAGGCGACACGGCUGCGGAUGUGAACCUGGAGGAUGCCCCUGAGUUCAAGUUACCACGACACGCGACGCUGGAGGACGUCAGGGGGCUCGUCUUCGCGGGUAUGCUUCGGCAGCAGGAGGUGGAUGUCCCCGACUUCGUACUCCCUGUGCACCCACCGCAUUGGACACUGCCAACCCCGCCGGAUCUCAAGACCAACGCAUAUCUCGUGGGAGUCCCAGGGAUCGUGAACGACAUUCGCGCGGGUGCAUUCGCCAUGGAAGGCUACGGCGGCGCGUCUACGCUGAUCGGCUUCGAGGAGCUCUCCGACGAGAAUCUUCAGGGGUUGAAGGAAGUCUGCGGUGCCAACGCUGGGAUCGACGUCCUGUGUCCACGUCGUUCGCCUCUUUCCGCAUUCGAGUUGGACAACACCCUGAAUUCCAUCGGCAUUCGACGCGAGAUGGCCUCACUCCUGCGUCACUUCAACAGCACAAGGCUCGCUGAGCGCGUGUUCAAGAUGACUGGUUACCUGCGUCGAGUCCUCGGGGCCUACCGAAACAUGCGUUCUCUGGCUGACUCUCAGCAGGGUUUCACCGCCACUCAGGAAGUAGUCGACACGCGACGCAAGUAUAAGGAACUGAAGCGCACCUGGAAAUUCACGUGCGACUACUGGUUCUUGGAGGUCCAAGAGGCCCUGGGCAAGGUGGAUGAUGCUGAAUCCAAGUACAAAGUCGCGCUGGGCGAGCAAAAGACGCGGUACCAAGACGAGAUUGAUUCUCUGGAGUCCGAGAAGGCACAACUCAAGGCGCGCCUUGCCGACUCUGAGGCACAAGUGCGAAUCCUGAAAUCGCGUCUUGAGUUAGCCACCGUGGACCCCUGGAAGUUCCCUGACUUCCUCCAGGAGCACACAGACUUCACGGGCAAUUGGGAGCGUCUCCACGACCUCUUCAAUCUCUGCAUCAAGGACUCGAAGCCUCCUGAAUCCUGGGACACUGUCAUCAACGUCACGGCCAUGGACAAGCGCAAGGCUGCGGCGGCCCCGUAUCCAGAGAAGAGCACGCGUAUGCCUCCGUCUUCAGGGUCUGGGUCGUCCGUCGUCCUGAAAUUCUGGAUCUCACGGGGUUCCAAGAACGGUCAAGGCUCCAGAAAAUCACGGGACUCUGAGGUGCCAAAAACGCAGUCGAACUCCGCAAGCCCCCAGGUUCACAAGGUCCAGCGUCGUCCCAAGGAUCAUCAGCCUGGCCGCGACUCUGUGCGUCGCGCCGGCGAGAAGACUGUGGUGUCCAAGGAGGCCGCACACACGAUGCUCCCUGGGGGUGUCGUCUGGAAGGAAGUUCGGCCAGACGUGCGUCAGGCUAUUCUUGCUGGGCUCAAGUACGACACAGCCAUGGAGUGGAUCGGCAGCGACCGGGCGGCCCACAGGCAUUUCCGACAGCCGCAGCUGAUCAAGAUGCUCGUGAGUGCGGUGAUGUGCCACCACCCUGGGGGAACCUCGAUGGCCCACAUGGUGUACCCUGAUGAGGACGCCGAUUCCACGGUGGACGACAUCGAGAACGACCCGGACUAUCAGCCUCCCGCCCAGGAACCUGAGGAGAGCGCCUCUAGUAGUAGCUCUGAAGAGGAGGAGGAGGCCGCAGAGGGCGACGACGACGCAGAGGACGACGACAACGCAGAGGACGACAAUGGGGUAGAAGAACCCCUGGAAGUCAAGCCUCCUGCUAAGCGCCCCCGUUCUGAGUCAAGCAAGGAACCUCAGGGUUCCAACUCGAAGUCGAAGAAGAAGCGUCGCACGGGAAACAAGAAAGACACGUCUGCCACUCAGGGUUCUAGUGGUACUCAGGGGUCCAAGGCUACAUCACGCUCCAAGCAUCCGUCGGCACUCGCGCGGAAAUCAUACUCGGAGCUCACUUCAAGUGAGUUGAUGACGGCCGAAGACCCUGAGGACAACGAGACUUCCUGGCGCAUCUAUGGGGUUCUUGUGCAAUACCCAAGCUCGACCAAGAGUGCGUCUUGCCAGACUCCUGGGUUCCCAGAGUACGAGAUCCACAAGUAUUCGUACGACGUUGUUCACGAGCGCUGGGAUCGUGAGGCAUACCAAGAAGUCCUGGAUUCUGAACCCUGGGAGACUAUGCUUCAGGGUCGCUUCCGAGUGUUCUAUUUCCAUGAGCGAGAGCUGCUCUCCGCGAAAGCGCUCAAGCUGUUGGAGGUCGUCGUGGACGCCAUGCACAAGCACGCACAGGCAAUCUGGGAGCGCGGGCACUGGGUGCCUAUUCCGACUGAAGAACAAGCAGACGCCACCAUGGACUCUCAGCGUAAGUCGCGUCGAAACGCGCUACGCAGAGCGUACAAGGCGCUCGUUGAGCGCUCGCACAACACCCCAGGGUUCAUCCCGUCGUUGUGGCACGAACCGAGUCUCUGGAAGUUCCCGGACAAGUGCUGCUACUGGAUUUGGGGGGAUCCCAGGGCCAAGAAACUCGGGGGAGCUAAGUGCAAGGACUUGGACGUCCAGCUAGCGACGUUGGACAUUCGUGAGCCCUCUCGAGUCCAAUGGAACACGGCGGCUGACGACGAUGAGUGGCUCCAAUACGUGCCUAACAACAUCAAGCGCCACAUCAAGCCCCUGGCCAUCCGCAAGCUCAACCCACUGUCUCUCAAGCACUCGUGA